AGCUUGGAAGAGCCAGGAUAUAUUUUAAUAAAACUCUGAUUGUGUUCGUCUGAAAGAAGGUCUUGUACACCUGUCUUGAGGGUAAAUAAAUCAUGGGACAAUGUUCAUUUUUGGGUGAACUUUCCAUUUAAUGUGUAUUGAAGUGACCUUGAACUGAAAGGCACUUAAUAGUAAACCUUAACAUUACCUGUGAAGGUGUCCAGGGCGUGUACUGUAAAAACUGACAGAAAAAAAGGCAUCUGCAAAAAGAUGAGACUCAUGGUGGCAGGGGCAGAGAACAAUUGAUGAACGUGGCAGUACCUGCUUUUACAUCUCUUUAUCCUGACAGCUGAAGAAACAGCAGUCUGAACCAGACCAGAACAUAAGUAUGAAGUUUAACACAGCUUUGAGUGUUGUUGGGACCAUACUUCUCAGCAUAGCAGGUUCCCUCUGCCAGUUAGAUGUGUGUGGUCGAGCCCCCCUCAAUGUCAGGAUUGUUGGAGGAGAGGAUGCGACGGCAGGAGCCUGGCCUUGGCAAGUCAGGAUUCAUGCCCGUGGCGCUUUGUGUGGUGGGACUCUGAUCAAUAAAGACUGGGUUUUAUCUGCAGCUCACUGCUUUGAAGAGUCUAGCAAUAUCAGUGAUCCUAACAUUGUGAUGUACUUUGGGCGUCUGAACCAAUCCGGCUCAAACCCUCAUGAGAUAAUCAGGACAGCGAGUCGAAUCAUCAGACAUAGUAACUAUAACAAUCAGCCCAACAACAACGACAUAGCACUGGUCCAGCUCAACUCGUCUGUGCCUUUCUCUGAUUACAUUAAGCCGGUCUGUCUGGCGGCGGCUGGUAGUGUAUUUUCUUCAGGUACAGAGAGCUGGGUCACUGGAUGGGGCACGCUACAAUCUGGAGGCCAGCUUCCAGAUACACUGCAGGAGGUGAUGAUACCCAUUGUGAGCAACAGUGACUGUGAUAAUGCUUAUGGAAGAUUUAUCACAGGUAAUAUGAUUUGUGCUGGAUUGUUAAAUGAGGGAGGAAAAGAUUCAUGUCAGGGAGACUCUGGAGGUCCAAUGGUCAGUAAGAAAGACUCUCUGUGGAUUCAGUCCGGCAUUGUGAGUUUUGGUAAAGUAUGUGCUCUCCCUAAAUAUCCUGGUGUGUACACCAGAGUCUCUCAGUACCAGAACUGGAUCAAGUCUUACAUGGGCAGCAACCCACCUGGAUUUGUUGAAUUCAACAUAGACAUUCAACAAUCAACUCCAACCUCGACUCCAUCUCCAACCCCAACUCCAACCUCGACUCCAUCUCCAACCUCAACUCCAACCUCGACUCCAUCUCCAACCCCAACUCCAACCUCAACUCCAACUAAAACUCAGACCCCAAAAUCCAACUCCAACUUCAGAAGCGCACCCAACCUCCUCUUAUUUUCCCUUUCUCUCACGUUCUCCAUCCUUCCUUUCACCUUCUCCCUCUUUCUCUCUUCCUAAAGAUUGAUUGAACAGAAACUCUCAGGGUUCUUUAAUGAAGAGGACAGAUGUGCUGUACAUGUUAUUUAUAUUGUCAUUUAUUCUUUAUCUUUUUAAAAAAUGUAAUUCAUGAAAAGCUCUCUCAUUGACAUUAUAAGAGCAUACACUAAUGAAGUUCGUGCUUCUGUACUCUGAGAUUCAGCAUGAUUUCAUAAAUAGAAGAGAUGGACCAAUAUUGAUUUUUUUUUUUUCUUUUCUUUUUAAAUAACAAUACCAUUUAUUUUCAUGUUUAUAUGUCUGAUAACCAGCAUAACUGAUAUAGGGUCUGGAGCUCUGCAUUGGAUUCUGCUUGUUGAAAAUGUAAUUAUCUUUCUGUAUUUCUGUAUCUUUAUGUAAUUAUCUAAUCAGUUACCAUGUUGUAGUCACACUGUCUAAGAAUAAACACAAAAGAAGGAACUGACUUUGGGAAUGCUCUCUCUCUCUCUCUCUCUCUCUUCAUACUGUCUUAAUGUUUUUAUGUAAACCCCGAUACAGUUUUUUUUUUAAGUUUCUUUGAUGAAUACACAGUUCAAAAAAGUUUAAAAAAGGUUUAAAAGUUAAAAAAUCUUUUGUAACAUUAUAAAAGUGUUUCCUGAUGAGUGUUUCUGUCCAUCAGAAGAAUCCGGAUCAUUGGAUCAUCUGGACUGGAGCUGAACUCUGAAAGAGAAAGAAAUUAACUUAAAAUGUCACUAAAAAUCAUCAGUAGCCUACAUGAAUAUAUUCAUCAGCUCAAUGUGAAGCUGGAUUGGAUGGAUUAAUACAAACUCAAACAAAUGCAUUUGUGUUUUAAUAUUUAAAGCGUGUAAACUGAGUUUCAGGAGGUGAAUCUCCGGUCGCCAUCUUCACUGUACAAUCUGAACACAUAAAGCUCAUAAAGACGGUUUCUAAAAAACAGA